CGCGGCGGAGCCAGCUGCCGCUCGGCGGUGCCGGCCCCGUUGCCCAGGGAACGGGCUCCCGGCAGUCCCCGCGGCCCGGAGUCCAUCGCCGUCUCCUCCGGCCCGGCUGGGCCGCCGCGGGAGCCCCCAGGUUUCCCUAGAUGCCAGUCCUUGUCCUGCCUGAAGAUUAUCUGUGAAAACCUUGGCCAUGGCAUCCGUAUCAGAUCCUAUUACUUUCAGAGAGUUCUGCCCUUUGUACUAUCUCCUCAAUGCCAUUCCCACAAAGAUCCAGAAGGGGUUCCGCUCCAUGGUGGUCUACCUCACGGCCCUCGACACCAACAGGGACUACAUUGCCGUGGGCAGCAGCACUGGCAUGCUCUACCUGUACUGCCGGCACGUGAACCAGAUGAAGAAGUACAACUUUGAGGGGAAGACGGAAUCCAUCACGGUGGUGAAGCUACUGAGCUGCUUCGAUGAUUUGGUGGCUGCAGGCACAGCCUCUGGGAGGGUUGCAGUCUUUCAACUUGUAUCCUCGUUACCAGGGAGAAAUAAACAGCUACGGAGAUUUGACAUCACUGGUAUUCACAAAAAUAGCAUAACAGCUCUGGCUUGGAGCCCCAACGGAAUGAAAUUGUUCUCUGGAGAUGACAAAGGGAAAAUUGUCUAUUCUUCUCUGGAUCUAGAUCAGGGCGUCUGUCGCUCCCACCUGGUGCUGGAGGAGCCGGCCUCCGUCGUGCAGCUGGACUACAGCCAGAAGAUGCUGCUCGUCUCCACUUUGCAGAGAAGUCUGCUUUUUCACACUGAGGAGAAGUCUGUCAAGCAAAUCGGAACACAGCCAAGGAAAAGCACUGGGAAAUUUGGUGCUUGUUUUAUACCAGGACUUUGUAAGCAAAGCGAUCUAACCUUGUACGCAUCACGGCCUGGGCUCCGGCUGUGGAAAGCUGACAUCCAUGGGACUGUUCAGGCCACAUUUAUCUUAAAAGAUGUGUUUGCUGGAGGAGUCAAGCCUUUCGAGCUUUACCCGCGCCUGGAAUCCUCUGACAGGGGAAGUUGCGGCUCACCCGAGAAACACCUGGGCCUUGUUUCAUGUUUCUUUCAAGAAGGCUGGGUGUUGAGUUGGAAUGAGUAUAGUAUUUACCUUCUAGACACCGUCAACCAGGCCACAAUUGCUGGUUUGGAAGGAUCAGGUGAUAUCGUGUCUGUUUCCUGCACAGAAAAUGAAAUAUUUUUCUUAAAGGGAGACAGAAACAUUAUAAGACUCUCAAGCAGGCCUGAAGGACCAGCAGCAAUAGUGUGGGACGGUCUGGAGACGUCGGCAUGCACAGAGCAGGUCCAUGGGCAGCGUGCAGAGAAGCCGCCCGGGGCCACGCCUUCUGAGACGAGGCUCAGAGGCUCAUCUGUGGCCAGCUCCGUGGCCAGUGAGCCCAGGAGCAGGAGCAGCUCGCUCAACUCCACUGACAGCGGCUCUGGGCCGCAGGCAGCCCCUGAGCUGGGCAAGGGCGACCAGCUCACCACGAAGAGAUUCAGUGUGAUCAGCUCAGAGGACUUCGACCAGGAGCUCGUUGUGAAGCCUCUCAAGGUGAAAAAGAAGAAGAGGAAGAAGAAGACAGAAGGCGGAAGCGGGACUGCUUGCCCCAGUUCCCUUGAGUCAACUCCCUGCUGGGAGUGUCCUGGCGACAGCCCCUGGUCCUUGAACACAGACCUGCUGUCCACGGCCUCGAGUCUGGGCAGCAUCGUGGAUCGGUCCAGCACAGGGUCUCCCGACAGGGAGAGCAACCUCAGUGGCGAGGCCAACGGGGUCCUACCGGAAUACAGCGACUCCGAGGCCUUUAGUGUCCUGGAGGUGCCCCUCCCCGCCCCUGACUCACUGAAGGAAGAAAGGGGCGGAAGAACCGAAAUCCCGCUAUGUGAGGGCACGGGCGAGAUACAGCCGCUCAGCGGGGUGUUGAGUUCACCCUGGCAUCCGGGGGAGGAUGCGAAAGGGAGUGGUGACAGCGCGGAACUCGAAGAGGAGCCUCGUCCUGCGGACGGUGGGCCGAAUAGCAGGCAGUCACCCUGCCGAGAGCAGGGCAGCUCCGCGGAGGCCCGGGAGGUGGGGGGCCUGGAGCCUGAUGACCCCCAGAGCACUUUUUCGGAAGCCCCCUUCUCAGACUCCCCCCUGGUGCCUUCCAGCCUCAGCUUGGCCCCCAGUGCUGAGUGGUGGCUUCCGGGGACCAGAGCUGACGAAGGCAGAGCCGAGGAGCCCAGUGAAGAGCAGGGCCUCCUAACACAUGUGGGGGCCCCUGCCCACCUCGACUCCGGUCCCCGGCGUGCUGUUACGGAUGAUGACUUGGGCCAGAAAGCAGUGGCCGCUUCUGAGUGGGACUUGGGGUGUGCAGGAGGACGACUGCCUCCCUGGGUCUCUGCCUCGGCGGCCGGCACCUGUGAGCAGCCCUCACGGGACCAGGUGUUGACGUCCAGUGACGAGGAGGACAUCUACGCCCACGGGCUGCCCUCCUCGUCCUCGGAGACGAGUGUGACGGAGCUGGGAGGGAGCCACUCCCUGCAGGACCUGCGCCCGCCAGGCGCCGACGAGCCUGGGCUGCUGAAGUCAGAUCAGUUUGCAGAAAGCUGGAUGGGUUACUCCGGGCCUGGCUACGGCAUUCUCAGCUUGGCAGUCUCCGAGAAGUACAUUUGGUGCCUGGACUACAAAGGCGGCCUGUUCUGCAGCGCGUUGCCGGGCGCUGGGCUGCGCUGGCAGAAGUUUGAAGAUGCCGUCCAGCAGGUGGCAGUCUCGCCCUCAGGAGCCCUUCUCUGGAAGAUCGAACAGAAAUCUAACCGAGCCUUCGCUUGUGGAAAAGUGACCAUCAAGGGGAAGCGUCACUGGUACGAAGCUCUGCCCCAGGCGGUGUUUGUGGCCCUGAGUGAUGACACGGCCUGGAUCAUCAGGACAAAUGGGGACCUGUACCUGCAGACAGGUCUCAGCGUGGAUCGACCCUGUGCCAGAGCCGUGAAGGUCGACUGUCCAUACCCGCUGUCCCAGGUCACAGCCCGAAACAGCGUGGUGUGGGCGCUGACAGAGCAGAGGGCCCUCCUGUACCGGGAGGGCGUGAGCAGCUUCUGUCCUGACGGGGAGCACUGGAAGUGUGACAUUGUCAGUGAAAAGCAGGCUUUGGAACCUGUCUGCAUAACUCUCGGGGACCAGCAGACCCUGUGGGCCCUGGACAUCCGAGGAAACCUAUGGUUCAGAACCGGCGUCGUUUCCAAGAAGCCCCAAGGAGACGAUGCCCAUUGGUGGCAAGUGAGCAUCACAGACUACGUGGUGUUCGACCAGUGCAGCUUGUUCCAGACCAUAAUCCACGCCACACACUCGGUGGCCACCGCGGCGCAAGUGCCCGUCGAAAAGGUGGCGGAUAAACUGCGCAUGGCGUUCUGGUCCCAGCAGCUCCAGUGCCAGCCGAGCCUUCUGGGGGUCAACAGCAGUGGCGUCUGGAUCUCCUCGGGCAAGAAUGAAUUCCACGUCUCCAGAGGAAGUCUCAUCGGCACUUACUGGAAUAGUGUGGUUCCGCGGGGGACAGCUUCCGCCACCAAGUGGGCCUUUGUGUUGGCGUCCACUGCUCCCACAAAGGAAGGAAGCUCCCUGUGGCUGUGCCAGAGCAGCAAGGACCUGUGCCGUGUCAGCGCCCAGCACGCCCAGUCGCGCCCGUCCACCGUGCAGCUGCCCCCCGAUGCCGAGAUGAGGGCCUACGCCGCCUGCCAAGACGCCCUGUGGGCCCUGGACAGCCUCGGCCAGGUGUUCAUCCGGACGCUGUCCGCGAGCUGCCCCACGGGCAUGCACUGGGCGAGGCUGGACCUCUCCCAGCUAGGCGCUGUACAGCUGACGAGCCUGGCAUGCGGGAAUCAGCACGUCUGGGCCUGCGAUUCCAGGGGUGGGGUGCACUUCCGCGUAGGCACCCAGCCUCUAAAUCCCAAUCUGAUGCUUCCGGCCUGGAUAAUGAUUGAGCCACCCGUCCAGCCCGCCGGCGUCACCCUGGUCAGCGUCCAUGCCAGCCCCAACGACCAGAUGCUGUGGGCCCUGGACAGCAGGUGGAACGUGCACGUCCGAGUUGGGAUCACGGAGGAGAUGCCGGUGGGGACCGACUGGGAACAUGUGCCAGGGCUGCAGGCCUGCCAGCUGGCCCUGAGUGCCAGGACCGUGUGGGCUCGCUGCCCCAGCGGGGAUCUCGCGCGACGGUACGGUGUCACCGACAAAAACCCCGCCGGAGACUACUGGAAGAAGAUUCCUGGGAACGUGACGUGCUUCACAGUGACCUCGUCAGACGAGCUGUGGGCAGUGGGCCCCCCCGGCUGCCUCCUCCAGCGGCUGACAAGGACUUUCAGCCACUCACACGGCGCCCAGAGCAGCCACGCCAGCACCCCCCACCCCGAGGACCUGGAGGACGAGUGGGAGGUCAUCUGAGGGCGCUCUCAGGAGGGAGGCCACCGAGGCUCAUGUGGUGAACAUCGUCGGUUUUGAGUCACUCCGCCUUGGACACGCCUCACCAGCUCUCAUCAGACAUGUCUAGCCAGGUUGGACGCCCCACUCUUGCUUUCAUCCGUGUGUGUUCCGUCUCGUUCCAGAACCCACGGCCUCAGCUGAGCGGUCCGGAGCCGCUGCUGUAGCAGCAGUGCCUCUGAACGCCCGCUGAGGUCAUCCCCGCGUGGGGACAGUGGCUGCUCCAGUUGCAUGCACUACAGUCACCACCGCGUGCUGCAGUCACCUUCUCAUCACUGACCACUCCCGGGCCCGUGAGCCCAAGGUCCGUGCUGUCCACCCUAUGAAUGUGUUCCUGGGACGGCGGCUUCUCCAUCACAGGGUCCCUCCACCUCCUCUCUGAGACACAGGUCCCAGCCCGCAUCCCGUGCUGGACACGCCAGAUGGGAAGCCAGCUGUGCCAGGAUGGGAACACCCACGCACACACCACGCACACCCUCCCUGCCCACUCUCAGGGGGCCAGGCUCGCCUCCAGCAGAACACACCUCAGCCAGAACAAUAAAGGCCAGUGGGAGAACCGGCAUGUGGACGUGUGCGCGUGUAUCCGAGGCAGGUGUGGUCGGACGCGGGACCUUAGCCAUGUUAGUGACGUAGGAAUGUCCUAGGGUGACACUCAGCCCUGCUGCUGGUGACGUCGUGAAAACCAGAAGCGCCCUCAGAGGAUGAAUCUACUAAUUAUUGCCUUUUUUGUUUGCUGUAUUACAAAACUACAUGAGAUACCUCAUUUGAAAUCAAAUCUUACAAAUUUAGAAGAGAAAUGUAUUUUCUGAAACCAGCGGAAGGCCUUUCGUUCCUUCCCAUGGUUGAUCCCGAGCCUGCACUGUUGCUGCAGCUUCAGAGGGUGGGCGUUGUGCCGCGGGACCUGCCUGCUGGCCGCAAGGGGCAGCCAGGCACUGUCUGCGGGCGUCUGGGUGGGCGCCCCCACAGGGUUGAAGCUGGUGCCUGCUGUGGUCGGUUGCUGUGGCCGUGGCAGACUUCCGCCCCUGGGCUCGGCCUGCAGCGCCCACUCUAGUCUCUGGCACCUGAGCUGUAGGACUCGGAAGCCGCGCACCCGCCCUGCGCCCGCCGCCCGUCCCUCCUGGAGGCAGUCCCACGGCAGGACUCCAGCCUGGCUGCUUUUUUUAGCCUGCCCUUGGCCCUGGGCCCAGUUACUCAAUGCCUGUUUUCUACUAAGCAAGUGUGUCUGGGAGCCACAGGUGAAGAGCGAUAAGAUGUGUUCUCUGACAGGACCCAGCCAGCCAUGACAGUGGAGGUUUUGCAAAGUCUAAAUGAGGACAAGAUGCUGAAAUCCCACAUCUUACUUCACACUUCGUUUUUUUUUUUUUUUUUUGGCGCACGGGCUUAGUUGCUCCGUGGCAUGUGGGAUCUUCCUGGAGCAGGGAUCGAACCCGUGUCCUCUGCAUUGGCAGGCGGAUUCUCAACCACUGCGCCACCUAGGAAGCCCUCACACUUCACUUUUAUAGAGUCCUUUUUUUUUAAAGUUUGGUGACAGCAGAGGCCGCCCCAGGCUGGCUGAGGCGCCUCUUCUGCGUAUGUUGUGCCUUGCCCGGCUCCUCAGACAGCAGCGCUCUCGCGGGACUUUAGUGCAAUUAAACCCCAGUCUAGUUUGAUACUUUUAAACUACUUGUAGCUUCAGUGCUUUGUACAGUUUUCUUUCUGGUUUUUUUAGUUGUGCUUUGAGACAGUGCAAUAAACUAGACUUUUCCAAGCCCAGUCGAGUUUGAUGUCUGAGUGGUGAGAAGGUGCCCUGCGUGAGCACUCGUGAAGGCUGUUCCCGCUGGUACCGCGAAGAAUCUGCUGCUGGUGUUGCCAGCCCAGCCCCACAGCCAGGAGGGUGUGCGCGGACAUCAUUUCACGACCCGUCUGCCCCGGGGGCUGGCCUGGGGGAUGCCACUCCAGAGGGGCCCCCGGGCAGCGCAGCCUCCCGUGAGGCAGCAUGCGGGGCUGCUGUGGGCAGGCUCCGGGGGCUCAGGACCCUGGGUCCAAGUCUCCAGCCACGACACAAAACCAGACACCAGACGCGCCCUGCGGAAACCAGCACCUGGAAAAAGACGACAUCCACGACAGCAGCAGGACGCAGCCCGUGCCAGGAAACAACCUGAACAAGAAAUGUCAGACUCGGUGGAGAGAUGGCCAGGCUUUACGGAAGACUUCCGGGAAAGCUUGCAUCCGGAAGACAUUGCUGAUGGAAGACCACAGCCAUGGUGCAGAGACGUCAGUCCUUUCCACAGGUUUAUGGGUUUCACUCACUUUGUCAGAAUAUGCCCACUGGGAUGUUUUUGUUGGGGAAAGGCAGAGAAGACUCCGUAAAAUAAUAUUCGUGCCACAGACAUGCCCUUGACUGUCAGACGUGCUCUGAGGCGCUCACGUCUGCAGCUCCACAUCCUCACUGGGGCCCCGAGAGGUAAAUAGCAUUAGCCCCGCUGAGACGGAGAGGUGAAGUGACUUGCUCAAGGCAACGCAGGGAGUGCUGGGAUUGGAACCCAGCUCUGUGGGACUCACCCUGUGCUACCUGAUGCCACCUCACUGUCUUGAGAAGAAACAGGUGAGAAUUGCCAAGAGUGAUGACAAGGGCCAGCGAAUGAAGCAGGACGUGGAUGGAAGGGCCAGUGGCGUCGGGCAGCCCAGCGAGGCCCGUGGGGAGAGUCAGCAAGAUGAAGGCGGCACUGCAGGCGAGGGGACGGGAGGGGGACUUCACAACGGAUGGGGACACUGCUUAACCCUUUGGGUAAAAUAAACAGUAACUGGAUUACAGAAUCUUAACACUGGGGGCUAACAACAGUAUCUGGGACUUCCCCAGCGGUCCAGUGGUUAAGACUCUGAGCUUCCACUGCAGGGGUCUGGGGUUCAAUCCCUGGUCGGGGAACUAAGCUCUCACAUGCCGUGCCACACAGCUAAAAAUAUAUAAAUUAAAAAAAGCAUCUGAUUUCUGGAUGGCAGGCGCUUUCUAAACUUAAAAGUGGUGGGGAAAUUCAGAGAAAAAUAGUAUAUUUGAUUUCUUCAAAAUAUAAAGAUGCUGUAAAUUAAAAACCCCGCAUAAAAUGAAAAGGGGAAACAAGCAGGAGGAACACCUAAGACACAUAUAUGGACAAAGGAGGUGAAAGGGCACUGCUUCGUGAGCACCCAGGGUGGGGUGCAGAUGGAACAAGCGGAGAAGGAGAAGCCCCCGUCAGCACGGCCCUUCUGGGACAGCCACGCAGUCCAGCAGCAGCCUUAAAACCCUCGGGCCCUCAACUCCCUACUUCUGGAAACCUGUCCUCAAGAACAAACCCUAAGUCGGGGUUAAACAUAGAGUGCAGCAUCGUUUGUAAUUGUGAAACACUAAAAACAUUCCUCUCAUGAAACAGUAUGCAGCUGUGAAAAAGUGUGUGUGCUCCUGGAAGAAAUGUGUUCAGAGCAUAUGUUACAGUUAUUUAUGGUAUCAGUGUUACAUCUCUUGGGGUAGUAAUGAUGAUGUGGUUUUGUAAGAGAUCAUAUAGGUACAGGGAGAGGGAGGCAGUGAAAUGUACACACAAUGUACUUUUGGUGGGUUUGAAAUCUUUUUCUAAUUCCAGGGGGCAAAGAAGGGGCAGAAAGACCCUACACAAGCAGCUGGUCACGGUGGUCUGGUCGGUACGUUUUUGUAUCUUUUGAAUUUGAGCCAUGUAAAUGUACUAUUUAUUCCAAAAAUAAAUAAAAUUUCCA